UGAAAUGGAUUGGAUCUAAAUUAUCAAAACCGGUUGAAAAACAAUUAAACCAGUUUAAAACUAAACUAGUUAUUAACACCAUCCAUAAAAAAAAAAACCACAAACAAUUGAACCUCGUAACAAAAAAGAGAAGAAGAAAUUGAUGCUUCAAUCGCCGCCGUCGUGCAACUUUUUAGCACCAUCCACAUACUCUGUCGCCGCCGUCGUGCAAAGAGUUUCUAUCGCCGUCGUCAUCAAAGCUUUUGUUGUCAUCUCUGUAGCAAACCUUAUGUCAUCGCAACGCUGCCGAAUCAAAACCCCAAUCCCUUCAAUUGGGAAUCUCAAACAGCAUCAAUUUUCCUGGGAAAUUGUUGUUGGGCGAAAGCGGUGGUAGAGAAAUCCAAGAGUGUAUUGCAAGCGGAGAUAAAAACUUUUCUAUUGGGACUCUCCAAAAAUACUCUGUUCAGUUUGUUCUGUUCUGCUAACGCAUGCUACCGGCGGUUGAGGGAGAAAGUGAAAAAAUGUCGCCCUUUUCUGGGUUGGAUGAACUGAUGUGCUAUUACCUGUUGGGUUUAACAAGAGUUUUGAGUUUUUCUAGAACGGUUCGGAACACACUCAAUAUGAUCACGCUCUUAGUUCCGUUGCUGCUAUCACUCGCGUUGCCAAAUGUUCUGGCUUGGGGAAAAGAUGGUCACUAUGCAAUUUGUAAAAUUUCACAGGAGUAUCUUAGUGAAGAUGCUCUAUUUGCAGUCAAACAAUUACUUCCAGAUUCUGCUCAAGCUGAUCUUGCUUCAGUUUGCUCUUGGCCUGAUGAGAUUCGCCAUAAUUACCAUUAUCGUUGGAGUAGUCCUUUACAUUAUAUUGAUACACCAGAUUUCAAAUGUAACUAUCAAUAUUGCAGAGACUGUCAUGAUUCUUAUGGACAUAAGCAUAGAUGCGUUACUGGAGCAAUAUACAAUUAUACAAUGCAAUUAAAAUUAGCUAACGCCGAUGCUUCAUCUGAAUUAAAAUAUAACUUGACAGAGGCACUUAUGUUCUUGUCACAUUUUGUUGGAGAUGUUCAUCAGCCCCUACAUGUUGGUUUUACUGGAGACCUAGGUGGAAACUCAAUAACAGUUCGUUGGUACAGGAGGAAAACAAAUCUUCAUCACGUAUGGGAUAACAUGAUUAUUGAGUCUGCUCUGAAAAAGUUCUAUGGUUCAGAUCUUUCAACUAUGAUACAGGCUAUUCAAAGGAAUAUUAGUGAUAUUUGGUCAAAUGAUGUAUCUAUUUGGGAACAUUGUGCACACAACCACACAGCAUGUCCAGACCGGUAUGCUUCUGAGAGUAUUAGCUUGGCAUGCAAGUUUGCGUAUAAGAAUGCUACACCGGGAAGCACUUUGGAAGAUGACUACUUCCUUUCUCGGUUGCCUAUUGUGGAGAAAAGGCUGGCUCAAGGUGGUGUGCGACUUGCAGCUAUCCUCAACCACAUUUUCACUCCGAAGACCAGAAUAGCUCAAGCUUAAAACUAAUAUAUAUCAGUAGUGUAUAUAUUUAAAGAUGACUGUUUCUUCCUUCCUUAACCCACUGGAUCUCAGCGAAAGAGGCCAUUUUAAUAUGAAAUUCGACUAGGUAAGUAAAGUCUAACAACUUUUGCAAAAAAGAUCCAAAUUGUUUAAAAUAAGAUUUGAACUCAAAAUUUUCCAAUGAUUCGUCCUUAA